UUAUGCUCAGCUCAUGUUUCCGGAGUCUUUCAUGCUUCUUUCUUCUUCAGCCCCCAAAAACAAAAAUCCCAAUUUUUUUUUUUUUUUAAUCAAAAUCGAAAAAACCCAAAUUUUGUUUUGUUGACUUUGGAAGAUGGGAAUCAUAAAGAGUAGCUUUUCGUUCAUAGUAGGGACGGUGUGUGGAAUAUACAUAGCUCAAAACUACGCCGUUCCAAACAUCAGGAAGCUCACCCACGAUGCCCUCUACAAGGCCAAGCUCGUCGAAGAGAAGUACCGAAAGCCCAAAACCAAGGCCGACUACGACGACGACGAUGGCUAGGAUCCGACCCGACCCGACCCCGUCUUGCCAAAAUCCAACCAGAUGGGGAGGAGGAUCUCCUCAAUAGUUGGAACCGAAGGCUGGAUGGAAUUAGAAGUCACAGAAUUUGGAGCCCAAUUCCCCAUUGUCUUAUCUGGUACCUAUAGUGCAAAGAGAAAUGCUCUGACAUUCGAGAGAUGGGAGAAAUCAGUGCACGAACUUAAAAGCUUCUUCUUCUCAAAUCUUUAUUUGAGUGGAUGAGUUAAUCCUCUAUAUGUCUUUGAUACUAUGUUUGAGAUGCUUGAUGCUUGUUCUUGUAAACUGCAUAUACAUCCUAUGUAAGUGGUCUAUUUUUAGAAUUUAAUAAAAGUUUUCCUUAAACAAAAAAAUUGUGGAUUGCUA